AGGUCUGAGCAAACAGUGUUAAAUGGUGAAGUGCGCCAGACUUAGGCAGCCACAAAAAAAACCUAGAAGAUACCGGUGAAAAUAUAGCUGAUAGACAUUAGAAGCCUAGCUACAGCAGUGUACAUUUUCAUUUAUUUUGAUUCAUGAAACUCCAAAAAUGAGUCUGUCGUUAAGAAACGAGCCUUCAGCUGAUAAGAAUAAAAGGAAGAAGAAGAGGGAGCUAACUGAUGAACAAAAGGAUGAGAUAAAGGAAGCGUUUGAGCUGUUCGACACCGACAAGGAUAAAGCAAUAGAUUAUCAUGAACUAAAGGUAGCAAUGAGAGCUCUCGGUUUUGAGGUGAAGAAAGUAGAUGUGUUGAAGAUCUUAAAAGACUACGACAAAGACGGGACAGGGAAAAUAACGUAUGAAGAUUUCAAAGAAGUUGUGUCUGACAGGAUAUUAGAUCGGGACCCAAAAGAAGAAAUUCUCAAGGCGUUUAAGCUGUUUGAUGAUGAUGACUCUGGGAGGAUCAGCCUAAGAAAUCUGCGACGUGUAGCCAGAGAGCUGGGCGAAGAUGUCAAUGAUGAUGAGCUAAGGGCCAUGAUUGAUGAGUUUGACACUGAUGGAGAUGGAGAGAUUAAUCAAGAAGAAUUCAUCUCAAUUAUGACUGGAGACUCAUGAGAGCCACAGUCUUCUUGGGUCUCGUCACCAAAUAAAUCUGAGCUUAUGGCCAGCACCGAUAAGGGUCUAGUGGUCAGAAAAGAAUGUAAUGUGAUGCCUAACCAAUAUAUAAAGCCUGAUAUGACUGCUACAGUGCUGAAUUAUACUAAUAAUUUCCCCAUGAUGAACUGAAUAGAAAUUGUGAGCUGUUUUCACUUUGUUCCGUUGUGUUCAUAUCACACAUCAUUAGCUUCAUUAAAGUGUUUUGAUAUGCAUUAGCAAAGACGCUCAAGUAGGAAUACAUUACAGAUUUAUUUUUUGUAGUGAUGUGUUAUAACCACUCUCUGCAUUAUUUCUGUUUAAUUACCAGUAAGUAACUAGCAUGGGUCACAGCUUGACUACACCUCCAAUACAAGCAAAUAGUUACAUGUAAGAUGUCACAACUAGCUUCAGGCUACAGCACUGCAGAAUUUAGAUUUUCUCCAAUUCUAGUACAGAGAAUUUCAACUCCAGUUUUGCCAUUCCACUACAAAAUUUUUGUUUACUUUGCAGUAAUUUAAUUAUGUAAAGUAAACAAUAUAUUUUGGUGGAAUUGUGCUUUAAACAAGGAUUUAUGGUACUACAGUGUAACCCUCAUAACUGGUGUUUGCAUACAUUGUGUAGGGAAAAUGCACAUACAUAAGACUAUAUUUGUCCAGUUAUAACUGUUGCUUUAAUACACAGAAUGCAGAAAUAGAUGGUAUUUUGUGUAUUGUAGAACAUUUGAGAUGUAUUAUUUACAGCAGUGUAUCCCAGUCCUCUCUCCUGAGGACUGCCAACACUGGACAUUUUAGAUGUCACCCUUCUACCACUCCUGAUUGAACAGGCCAUGUCUGAUAAGGGAAAAUGAGCAGUUUUGUGGGUCACCAGGAGCAAGAUUAGGCAACAUUGAUUUAUAGUAAUUUGUCUUCUCUUAUUGAAGAAAUGUUAGCAAUAUUUUAUUAACCUGUAGUUUCUUGUGCUGUAUUUGUUACAUUUAGUUGACAUAGUGUGUCAUGAAACAGUGCCUAGAGGUAUUCAGUCGUUCUGUGACUAAAAGUGAAGUAGGUUAUAACUGUUUUCCAAUAAACAGUUUGUCGUAUUGUUACAGUAGUUAUUUUAUAUUUUGCCACUAGAGGGCAACUGUCCUUGAAUGUCUCUGUACAUGGAUAGGUCUCAUGUUUAUUUCGUAUUUAUUAAAUUUUUCGUUUUAAAUCCAAAGACAUUGAUUAGUAAGAUAAAAUAUUAGCUGUCACAGUAACAGUACCAAAAACCAUACAGGUAGGUCUCAACAGCACAAUUUCAAGAAUAAUUUUGUACGCUGACCAAAUUAAUUUACACAUUUUGAAAAAGGUUAAUAAAUUUGCAUGUUUAUUAAGUAGA